AUGCCCUCCCGGGCAGCGGCAGCGCGCACCAUACAGGUGUGGCUGCGCAGACGGCGCGAGCUGCAGUACGCGCAUCGUCUGCUCCUGUGCCUCCAUGUGGUGAAGGUCCUCCGUGCCCCCGACCAGUUACACUGCUCGGACAGUGUGAACCCGCUAGUCUUCCUCGCCUUGGGGGGAGUGACAUCCUCUUCCUCUUGCUCCGUCGAGCAUGGUGUGCCAGUCGAGGAAAGCCUCUUCACAAGGCUGUACGAGACUGUCGUGGAGUACGAGUCGGCACUGAGGUUGGAGAACUACACGCGGCAACUCCUCUUCGAGGAGUACUGUGCCACCAGCGAUGCGGCUCGAUUGGCUUCGCAAACUAUGCGUCACAUGCUGCAACAGCGACAUCCAGCUCUACGCCCGCUGUCGCUGAGCGUGGAAGUCAUGCAGCAGGCUGUGGCAGGUUUUACUUCGGCCCCUCAGCUCACUGCAGACUCGACGAUGACAGCGGCGGAAAAGCUACAGGCCUAUCUCAGCCCGGCGCACUUCGCGUGGUGGCGUACAUCACAGGUGCCCUCCAUCGUUAGUGCAUCGGUACCCACAGCGGCGCCCCUACACACCAACGGCAUGGUGAGCAAUGUGAGACCGCAACCCCCACUUCCCCUGCGCAUAGAGCAUAGCAACACACACGCGGCUGAGAGCCCGCAAGGCGAAAGGUGGGAGCCUGUGUACAUGGAGGUGGAUGACCAGGAAGAAGAGACGAGUAAUUACGAGGUCGCUGUGAACGCGGCGUACACCAGGGAAAGGGAGGCGGCGGAGAGCGCUGCACUUCUCGCUGCUCAGCAAGCCACCAUGGCAAGAUGCCCCACCGGUUUCACAGCGCAUGACGGCCGUCAGCCUGCAGACGUCUCACUGUACAACGCGUCUUCAACGUUUCUGCCGGAGGAAGAUGACAUCAGUCUUGUGGUUCAGCCUGUCCUCGGCUGCGUUGCACAGAGGUGCUGUCACAGCGUCCAUGAGUACCUGGACGCUGAGCCAUCAUUGAUGCCGAGCCCUGUCAUGGUAACUAAGUCUCAAGUUGGAAGAGAGACUACAACACAGGUGUGCGCCGUGUGCGAGCUGGACGGCGUCGUCGCGAGUCCGUACAGCAACUGUGGCAAGGCGGCGGAGCGGUGGGAAGAGGACAUGCUGCACCCCUGCGAUACGUGUGGCGCACUGGUGCACCUCUGCUGCGCCUACUCGGGCGCCACCGCCGAUACCCAUUUCUGCUGUGGGCACUGCUGUUCAGGCGGUGGCACUGCGUGA